GAGGGCAUACCGGAAGUGGAAAGUAGACAUCCGGGCCGGCUGCUGAAGCUGAGAGAUAGACAUACAUACUAUACAUCGGAAAUUGGGGACAGAACGUUUUUACUGCUGGAGGCCAGCGGGGAGAUCGGUGCUGAGGAGCUUCCAGUCUCAGCACCCGGGGACCGAGGAGGGCUGGACACUAGGACGAGGACCGGAGGAGGCCCAGGCCUGGAUUCCCGCUCCGAGCCGGCUCCCUCCACUGCGGCCAGCAUGGCCAAGAAUUACGACUCCAUGGAGUUCCCGUACUGUGACGAGGUGUCCAAGUAUGAGCGGCUGGCCAAGAUCGGACAGGGAACCUUCGGAGAAGUGUUUAAAGCCAAACAUCGCCAGACGGGCAAGAAGGUGGCUUUGAAAAAAGUAUUGAUGGAGAAUGAGAAAGAAGGAUUCCCAAUCACGGCUCUACGGGAGAUAAAAAUUCUUCAGCUGCUGAAACAUGAAAAUGUUGUAAACCUGAUUGAAAUCUGCAGAACUAAAGCAAAUCAGUUCAAACAAAAAAACCGCUGCAAAGGAAGCAUCUUUCUGGUAUUUGACUUCUGUGAACAUGAUCUAGCCGGACUUCUUAGCAAUACGCAUGUUAAGUUCACGCUUUCUGAGAUAAAGAAGGUGAUGCAAAUGCUUCUCAAUGGUCUCUACUACAUCCACAGGAAUAAGAUCCUGCACAGAGACAUGAAGGCAGCAAACGUGCUGAUUACUAGAGAUGGCGUUUUGAAAUUGGCUGAUUUUGGAUUGGCCCGGGCCUUCAGCCUUGCCAAAAACAGCCAGCCAAACAGAUACACCAAUCGUGUGGUCACACUCUGGUACCGCCCCCCUGAACUACUUUUAGGAGAGCGUGAUUACGGUCCUCCAAUAGACUUAUGGGGUGCUGGAUGUAUAAUGGCCGAAAUGUGGACCCGGAGUCCCAUCAUGCAAGGAAACACUGAACAGCACCAGCUAACUCUGAUCAGCCAGCUGUGUGGUUCCAUCACCCCUGAAGUGUGGCCCAAUGUGGACAAGUAUGAACUUUAUCAGAAAUUGGAACUGCCCAAAGGCCAAAAACGGAAGGUUAAGGAAAGACUAAAGGCUUAUGUGAAGGAUGCUUACGCCCUUGAUCUUAUCGACAAAUUACUUGUCCUGGAUCCAGCACAGAGAAUUGACAGCGACGAUGCCCUUAAUCACGAUUUCUUCUGGUCUGACCCAAUGCCUUCUGACCUCAAGAACAUGCUUUCAACUCACAACCAGUCCAUGUUUGAAUACCUUGCUCCUCCCAGACGACGGGGAGGUCACAUGCCACAGCAGCCAGCUAACCAGGGCAGGAACCCUGCAACAAAUCAGUCCGAAUUCGAUCGAGUCUUCUAA